UCGUGCCGGAGUCGGAGACCGGAGUGGAUCCCGGCGAUCGCACGCAGGGUGGACUGGGGGCCCUUCCAUGCCCUUCGUCAGUCUCUCCCGCAACCCGUGGUCGAGCAAGUACUGUGUUCCGCGCUUUAUUCAGGUAUUGUCAUGAUUUCGGUUCGAAAUUCCUACCCCACCCAAUCCCACUCCAAAAAAAAUAAUAAUAAUAUGACAACACAAAAAAGGAAAAGGGUUUUGUCGGCGAUGCCCUAUUCCACAUUUAAUGUGGAUUUCAGCAAUGUAAGGGGCCUACAUAGCAACCUCGACGCCGUACUGUUACAUAUGCCCCUCAAUAAUAACGUAAUAUAAAUAAUAAUGCCGACUAAGGCAUUCUUGAAUGCAUUGUCUCUAUAUAAAGACGAUAUAUUGCUAAAGCGCGGCAGAACAGAUUUGGCUUGAGUAGCGGAAACACACAUCAUUUGUACUACUUCUUUAAUAAAAUAAACUCCGUGCCAGUCGCCGUGUCCUUUUUUAAAAAGAGCUCCUGGACCCACCCCGUAACAGUGGUGUCAGAAGUGGGAUAGUCAGUACGUUACACUGGCUAUCCGGAUUGUCUUGAGCUCUUGAUUUUACGUUGCGCUCAUUGCCGCUGCUCUCAUCAUCAAUAUCGUAAAGGAAGAAAACCUGCAAAAUAUCUUCAACGCCAUCUUCAACAUCGUGAGAAAGAAAAACUUACAAAAAUCUGCCACAUCAUACCCGCUCGUGCCGGUCAGUAUUGAUCGGCUGGUGUCAACCUGACAAAAACACGCAAAAACCAAUAAGCCUGAUAUCGACGUCCUGCUGGUUCCUGUGAAACAAGCCCGAAGAUUCGCCCGAAGCUCCAGUACCCGUGAAAAUUCAAGCCGCUGAUUCGUCCCUACUGCACCAGUUCCUGCUGACUCGUUCCUGCUAAGCCGUUUGCAACGUUCCUGCUGACUCGUUCCUGCUAAGCCGUUUGCAACGUUCCUGCUGACUCGUUCCUGCUAAGCCGUUUGCAACGUUCCUGCUGACUCGUUCCUGCUAAGCCGUUUGCAACGUUCCUGCUGACUCGUUCCUGCUAAGCCGGUUCCUGCCGUUUGCGACAUUAAGACUUCCAGUAUAAGCCUGCCAAACGCCUUGCUGCCAUCCCAUCAUCCGUGCGUUCUCCGAUGAAGUUAACAGCUCUGAUAUUCUUGCGGCCCAUCUUAGUGCUAUGUACAAGUCAUCAAAUCAUAACCCAGAUAACAGAUAGUCCCGGUCUAUACUACGAUAGACUAUCUGACGUCAAAUUUACUAAUGAUAACUGGAAUGUUGUAACUUAUUUAAAUACUAAUAACAUACAGUCUCAUCUUGAUAAAGUAGAUCAAUUAUUUGAAAAAGUAAACUCUUUCUGUAAGGACUUCGAGUCCUCCAAAAUACAGUUCGAUUGCAUGAACGCCAUUUCGUCAUUACAAAGUCAACACGAUAAUAACAUCAAAAAGUUUGCAUCUGUAUCCUAUCUUACUAGUAGUCGACAAAGUAGAUCAAAACGUGGGCUACUCGACUUUGGUGGCUCUGUUCUUAAAACAUUCUUUGGCACUCUAGAUUCCAACGACGGUGUCAAGUUCUCUGAUGCUAUCGACCAAGUACAGUCAGACGAAAAAGCUUUAGCGCAUCUUAUGCGUGAUAAUAUACAUGUGAUAAAAUCUACAAUUUCCACAUUUAAUAAUUCAAUGUUAAAAUUCAGUGAAAACGAGAAACGUCUAAAUAAAAAUCUAGAAAUCAUAAAUUCGGCAUUCGAAUAUAUUAUAAAUUCUAACGAUAAAUUACAAAUAAAAACAAAAUUUAAUUCUUUAUUCCAGUCCUUAGAAAGUAUAAUCAUUGCAUUGUCUUUCGAUAUCGAAGACAUAAACAACGCUAUUUUAUUUAGUAAAAUGAAUAUUUUGCACCCGACUGUACUCAGCCCAUAUCAAUUAUAUGUCGAGUUGGAGAAACAUAUAAAUGACUUACCUAAGCAUUGCGAACUUCCUAUAUCAAUAUCUUUACAGAACAUUCACGAAGUUAUCGAUAUUUCUAAACUAGUAUGCUACUAUCAUAAUAAUCGUAUUAUCACUAUAAUUAAGAUACCCCUCGUGUUACCUCAAGUCUAUAACCUUUACCAUAUUGUUCCUAUGCCAGUUCCUUAUGACUUAACAAAACCAGACACUUAUGCACUUAUAGCACCAAACAAGCCAUACAUGGCAUUAACAACAGAUCGUAUGCUUUACUCACUGUUAGAAGACUUAGACAAGUGCAAAUUCGUGAGUGAAAAGUGUUAUAUUUGUGAAUUGGGUAAUGUGUAUUCGACGCUUGCGAACCCAACGUGUGAGACAGUUAUCUUAACCGAAGCUGUCAAUAAAGUUCCAAGUUCAUGUUCAGUAAAACUCUUAAGGGGUCACGUAGAUUCCUUCUUUAAACUUAAUAAAAAUAGAUGGAUAUUUGUUCAAUCUGAGCCUGGAAAAUUACAUGUAACCUGUUCUAGUAAUAGUCUCAACUAUGAUUAUGUUUUGUUAGGAACAGGAAUAAUGUCCCUGACUGUAAAGCUUUCUUCAAAACUUUACAAUUUUCGUCUAGUGAAACAUUUAUUUCUAAUGUAACAACUCAAGUAGCUAACUUCAACAUUUUGGAAGAUGAUUGUUGCGAACGUACAAAACUAAAUAAAACUUUAGCUAGACUUCCCUUGUUAAAAUUAAAUAACCUUAAUAAUUUAGACUCAUUGUUACACGCCAGUAUUCAUCUAGAUACUCUAGAAAAAGAAUUAAAUCAUUUGGAAAGUCCUUCGCACUUUCAAAAAUAUGCUGUUCAUUAUAUGUCUAUAAGUUAUUCUCUUACUGUUCUAUUUUUCUUGUACCUUAUAUUUAGAUUUCGUAGAUGGUUUUGUUCAAGUAAACAUAAUUCUCAUUGUUGUAUACAAAUCUUUAAUCAAUGCAACAAAGAUCGUAAAAACGAUCAUAAUAAUGUUACACAAACCGUGCAAAUAAAUAGUGAAAAAGAUUAUUCAUGUCCUAGGCCUUUUAGGAGAAAUCUUAUGUUGUCAAAUUCGUCCAAUAGUGUCGACGUCGAGUAAUGUUAUAAUAAAUUAUAUUCUUUUAAAUAAAUUGUAUAAGUUUAAUUAAUAAUUAUAAUUAAGACCUUUAUUAAUUAUAGAUUUACUUACUAUAUCCUGUUUUCGUAUUUUACUUAAUAGUUACUUAAGUGUUUUUGAUAUUGUACUUAAAGUUUAUUUCUUUAAGAUAUAGUUACUAUUUUAUUUUAAGUACUUACUUGUUUUAUCCUGUAUCGUAUGUUUUAGUUUUCCUAUUUUGUUAUCCAAAACAAAAGCCAAAUUCUAUACUUACCGCUCUAGUUUAUCUCAACGUCAACGUCCGUGACCAUUCAUCGGUGACGAUGAAUCUUAAGGAGGGGGAUGUUACAUAUGCCCCUCAAUAAUAACGUAAUAUAAAUAAUAAUGCCGACUAAGGCAUUCUUGAAUGCAUUGUCUCUAUAUAAAGACGAUAUAUUGCUAAAGCGCGGCAGAACAGAUUUGGCUUGAGUAGCGGAAACACACAUCAUUUGUACUACUUCUUUAAUAAAAUAAACUCCGUGCCA